AUGAUUAUCGCUCUGAUUGCCGCCUUCGCCUACACAGUAGCAAUCAUUGAUGCCAACGGCCUUGGGAACGAAAGUGAGACGCCCGCGUUUCUCCAUCUUCGUUCUCUGAAUGGCGGCGGGGUCUUGUGUCCGUACAGCAAGGGUAAACUGGAAGCCGGAUACAUAACCAUUGGCGUGUUUAGGAAGAAAAAGUAUAUUCAGCGUGCGGAGUACUUCUAUGCGGUCAUGGAAGCCGAAGACGUAGAUCCAUCAUUGGCGCCGACCUUCUGGUAUAUGGCCGGUGGACCGGGCAGUAGCAGCUUGGGAGAGGCCAUGAUGUUAAAUGGACCAUGCAGGAUGUCUCCUAACGGGGAAGAGCUUCUGGAUAAUACAUACUCGUGGACUAAGCAAGCCAACGGCAUUUGGAUCGAUGCACCUGGACCUACCGGCUUCAGCACGGGCCCGAUAGAGUCCACCUUGGAGAAGUUUAUAGGCAACAUGGUCACCUUAAGCGGCCAGUUAUUCAAGAAAUACCCUCACUUGAAUAGGAAUGUACACCUCGUCGGAAUCUCAUGGUCUGCUCUCGCCGUUGCUAUGUUGGGAGAGGGCAUGCUGCGGAAUCCUAGGCCCAAGAUCGAUUUGAAAGGAGUGAUGAUGCUUUCUGGUAUGGUUGGACCGUAUGAGAUGCUCGAUAUAAUGAAGACUGGCCUGGGGGUCUGUAAAGCAGCUGUCGACAAGUGCAAUUCUAAUGGACCUGGGAAGCCUGCUAAGCCCGUUUUCUGCCAAGAAGCUUUUGAUACCUGUGAAGCAUUAACGAUGAACCGUAUGGACGCAGCACGCAAGAGCAU